CGGGAAAGUUUCGGGGUCGUUGAUGCCUCCUCGAGCUCCGAAGAUCGCCAGCGUCCUCGAUCUUAUCUGUGACCCGCAGGUCGUACCGGAUUGUUCGCUCGAUUUGUUCUUCUCCUUUUCGCCCCCUCCGUUCUUCUUCCUGGUGGUAAUAAAAAGAUACGCUCAGGAGACGAUCCUGUGACCACCAGGGUACGGACUUCUCUUUGCUCUCCGGAUCGAGAGGGUGAGUUCCGGCAUCGUGCUCCUCGUUUAAGGCUACCAAGCUUUGAUUCUGGGAUUCGCUGGACGAGGAAUCAACCGAUGUAGCAGCAGCGGUGCAAGGCUAUAUAUUCCGGCUGGGUUUCAUGCACCCGCUUAUCCCACUUCAAUUCCGAGAUGAAGUUUGGGCAAACAUUCACGGAAUACCUCCACGGAGAACAAGAGGCGUUUCUGAACAAGUGCUCGCAUGUCGAGUAUAAGCGUCUCAAGAAGUUCUUGAAGAGCUGCCGGGUUUGCCGGGCUUUGAGCGAGAGUGAUGACGGCGGAAAUGACCGGCGCGAGGAGGGUAAGGAGAUGUCGGAGUUCUGCCGAUGCAAUUCUUGUGCAUUGUGUGAUCAGAUGUUCUUUACUGAACUCACAAAAGAGGCUUCAGAUAUAGCAGGAUGCUUUAGCUCGAGAGUGAGGCGCCUCCUUACUCUUCAUGUUUCUUCUGGAUUGUAUAGGUACAUGUGGCGUUUGCGGCACUGUUUUAUGGAUGAUCAACAAGUUAUGAUACAAGAAGGAAGAAUGUUACUUGAUUAUGUCACAAUGAAUGCUAUUGCCAUAAACAAAAUACUUAAGAAAUAUGACAAAAUUCAUGGCUCUGCCGACGGUAGAAAAUUUAAGACUAAAAUGCGAGCCGAACAUAUCGAGCUUUUGCAGUCACCAUGGCUGAUAGAGCUGGGUGCCUUUUAUCUAAAUUUCAGUGGCUCUGACUUUGGAGAACCUGGCGAGUUUUUUCACAAAUUUUCUUGUGAUCUAAGUGAUAUGCAGCCUGUAAUGACCAUGACUCUUUCAGAUUCGAUGAAGUAUGAAUACAGCCUGGUCUGUGCUAUUUGCUUGGAUACAGUCUUCAAUCCGUAUGCUUUAGGUUGUGGCCAUCUUUUCUGUAAAAGCUGUGCUUGUUCAGCUGCUUCUGUGCUACUCUUCCAAGGCCUCAAGGAAGCACCUCAAGGAGUCAAAUGCCCUGUUUGUAGAUCAGUAGGCGUGUACAAGGAUGCGGUGCACAUGGCUGAACUGGACCUCCUACUGAAGAACAGACGCAAAGAGUACUGGAAGGAGAGGAUGCGCCGCGAGCGUGCGGAGAUGGUGAAGCAAGCAAAGGAGUACUGGGAAUCACAGACUAUCACUGCGAUAGGUAUUUGAUUUGUGGAGUUCUACGGUUGGUUCGGAUGGAGAUAUGCGCCAUCCAUUGAUUGAGAUUAGACUGUCAUUUUUGUUGAUGCUGCUUCAACCAUAUGGGUGGUCAGAAGAACGUGGGGCCGUUUAAACAAUUAAGUUGGGUGUGAUUUGGAUUAGAUGUUUAAACCAUACUGGUAAGGCUUUUAUUUGUUUCUGUA